AUGGGCAAUUUGGUUAAACCCAACCUCAUAGUCACUGAUCUGGGUGGCGGCAAGUAUAAAAUGAGAUCGGAGAGCACGUUCAAGACCACCGAAUGCUCCUUCAAACUGGGUGAGAAGUUCAAGGAGGUGACUCCGGAUUCACGCGAGGUCACUUCAUUGAUCACAGUGGAGAAUGGGGUGAUGAAGCAUGAGCAGGAUGACAAAACCAAGGUCACCUACAUUGAACGUGUGGUUGAAGGCAAUGAGCUGAAAGCGACCGUGAAGGUGGAUGAAGUGGUUUGCGUGCGAACCUACUCAAAGGUGGCGUAA